AUGGACUCAAAGAUGCUGAUAUUAUGGCAAAUUUGUGUUCUCGCAUGGGUACUUCCUCACCCAGGAAGUGCUUUUGUGGCAUCUAACACAACAAUCCCUGUGGCAUCUAAAACAGCAAUACCUGUGAGACUACUUCCAGCGAUUCACGUGAGACCACUUCCAGUGAUUCACGUGAGACCUCGUCCAGUGGCACGUCCUCAAUUAAUCUAUCGUUGCACGCGUACUGUCGCUGAUGUUGUGUUUGUGCUUGAUAAUUCUGGAAGUGUUGGAAAGGGAAAUUUCCACGGGAAAUCAUCUAAUUCAAGGUUAACUAAAAAGGCGGCUCGCAGUCUUAAAAGAAGAGGGGUCCGCAUGUUCAGUGUUGCUAUUGGACAUAAAGUUCGUCGUUCAGAACUGAGAGCUAUCGCAAGUUACCCGAAAUAUAAGCAUAUGUUUACUGUUGGCAAUUUCAAUGCUUUGAAAACGAUUACAAGGGGAAUUACGAAGAAUAUUUGUCAAGUGGCACGUCCUCAAUUAAUCUAUCGUUGUAAGCAUGCUGUCGCUGAUGUUGUGUUUGUGCUUGAUAAUUCUGGAAGUGUUGGAAAGGGAAAUUUCCUGGCACGUCCUAGAUUAAUCUAUCGUUGCACGCGUACUGUCGCUGAUGUUGUGUUUGUGCUUGAUAAUUCUGGAAGUGUUGGAAAGGGAAAUUUCCUUCGUCGUUCAGAACUGAGAGCUAUCGCAAGUUACCCGAAAUAUAAGCAUAUGUUUACUGUUAGCAAUUUCAAUGCUUUGAAAACGAUUACAAGGGGAAUUACGAAGAAUAUUUGUCAAGUGGCACCUUAUCCAAUACCCAACCUGAUACCUCUUCCAAACAUCUAUUUUUGCAAGAAUGCAGUCGCUGAUGUUGUGUUUGUGCUUGAUACUUCUGGAAGUGUUGGAAUUGUAAAUUUCCGUAAGGUUCAUCAAUUCGUGAUAGGUAUCAUUAACUCUUGGAAAAUAGGCCGUAAUAAAGUGCGUGUUGCUGUUAUUUCAUUCAGCAAUUAUGCAUUCGUUAACAUCUAUCCUAAUCAAUUCAGUAACAAAUAUUAUUUGAUAAGGGCAAUUAAGAAGAUUAAAUAUCGCAGUGGAGGUACAAAUACCUACAACGCCCUUAGACUCCUCGGCAUUCUGUUUCAAAGAAGAUACGGGGAUCGAAAAUAUGCACCGAAUAUCGCCAUCGUAGUCACUGACGGAAAAUCAUCUAAUUCGAUUCUUACUAAAUUGGAGGCUGACAAAAUUAAAAAAAAAGGUGUCGAAAUGUUCAUCGUUCCUGUUGGACGCAGAGUUUGUCGUUCGGAAGUGAGAGCCAUGGCAAGUUACCCGGAAUAUAAGCACAUAAUUAGUGUUGGCAAAUUUAAUGCCUUGAGAAAGAUUACGUGGAGAAUUACGAAAAAUAUCUGUCAAGGUAUUCAGACAAACUCUAUCGGCGCAGGUAUUCAGACAAACUCUAUCGGCGCAGUGAUGAAGAUGUUCAUUCGCGUCCAAGUGGCCUUUAUUGGACAAAAACCAAUAAAAAUAAUUACCAGCAAAUCCCCUAUAGAAUGCGCUAGAUAUUGUCUUCGUAUUAAACAAUGCAAAUCCUUUAACUUUGAUAUGGAAAGUGCCGCUACAAACACUACUAUCGACGUAUCUGAACGGCCUCAUCGCGUCUCCAAACUUCAAAAACUUCCUGAAAAUUUAUGUAAACUCAUUUCAAACAAAAUAUGA